AUGGCAGAGCAAGAAGAAGAUUUCAGUUCCUUACCCCUCCCAGAUAGAUUUCAGCACAAGAUAUGGAAAGUUAGGAAAGCAGCAUAUGAAGACGCAGCAAAGCAAUUCGAAAUCACACCAGAUGAAAAUGACCCAGUCUUUAGGCCAUUCCUCAACGAUCCGGGAUUAUGGAAGGGAGCGGUGGCAGAUUCGAAUGUUGCGGCACAACAAGAUGGUAUCGCGGCAUUAUGCGCCUUCCUCAAAUUCGGUGGACGUGAGCAUUGUACCAGAACACGAAGUCAUACAUUAAAUUCCUUGGUUGAGAAGGGUUUGAGUUCAACAAGAGCUGCUACCAAAGCAUCUUCUCUUGAAGCUCUGUUAUUAUAUGUCGAAUUGGACGUAGCUGCUCCUGUUAUUGAAGAACUUCUUCCCGCAAUAUCGCAUAAACAACCAAAAGUCGUUGCAGCAACAGUGGCCGCAUUAACGGAGAUAUAUCACAACUAUGGAUGUAAGACAGUGGAUCCUAAACCAGUUCUCAAAAUUCUUCCAAAGCCGUUCAGUCAUGCAGAUAAAAAUGUACGUGCGGAAGCUACAAAAUUGGCUGCCGAGUUCUAUAGAUGGUUGCGAGAAGCCAUGAAACCAAUGUUUUGGGGAGACCUCAAGCCAACGCAACAAGCGGAUAUGGAAGCUCAAUUCGAAAAAAUCAAAGGGGAAUCAGCACCGAAACAGGAACGAUUUCUCAGAUCACAACAAGCAGCAAUGGCUAGUGCGCCUCCCCCAGGCGAAGGUGGUGCACAAGAGGAGGAUGAAUUGGAAGCUGAAGCAGUCGAAGUUGAUGUAUUUGACUUGGCUGAACCGCAAGAUGUGUUAUCCAAGGUCCCUGCAAAUUUCCAUGAACAAUUGGCCUCGUCGAAAUGGAAAGAACGAAAGGAAGCGCUAGAGGCUCUAUACACCUGCCUCAAUGUUCCCAGAAUCAAGGAAGCCGAUCAUGGUUUAAUAGUUCACGGUCUCGCAAAGUGUAUGAAGGACGCCAAUAUUGCAGUGGUCACCCAAGCUGCACAGUGUGUUGAAGUUUUGGCUCAAGGUCUACGAAAGGGAUUUACCAAAUACAGAUCCGUUAUUCAGAGCCCGAUCAUGGAAAGAUUGAAGGAGAAGAAGGCAUCCGUCUCCGAUGCCCUCGGCGCAGCACUAGAUCAGGUAUUUGCAGCAACUAGUUUGACAGAAUGCUUGGAGGAAACUUUAGAGUUCUUGAAACAUAAGAAUCCUCAAGUCAAAGAGGGAACUGUCAAGUUUUUGAUUAGGUCGCUUAGGACAACUCGAGAAGCUCCUUCGAAAGCAGAGGUUGGCCAGAUUUCAGAAGCUGCAAAGAAGUUACUUGCUGAAUCGAGUGAGGUAUUGAGAUCUAGUGGAGCUGAAGUCUUAGGUACAGUCAUGAAAAUUAUGGGAGAGCGUGCAAUGGGACCACAUCUUGAAGGACUUGAUGAUAUUCGGAAAACAAAGAUCAAAGAAUUUUUCGAUACUGCGGAAGUCAAGGCAAAGGAUAAGCCUAAGCCUCCACCGGCUCCUGUAGCACCUAAAGCCGCUCCGGCGGCCGCACCAAAGAAGAUGGUAAAGAAAGUAGCCGCAAAGAAACCACCUCCGGCCCCAAGUGUAUAUGCCCAACAGCCUCCGUUAGAGCCCCAGCCAACAGCAAAAAGUGCCGCUGGAUUGAAGAAGCCGUCUGGUCUUGGAUUGAAACCACCUGGAAAAAAAGUAGUACCCCCAGCACUUGCGUCGCCCAAACGCGCUAUCCCGUCACCAGCUCCGGCGGAAGAAGAGGCUCCACCUCCACCUCGUGUGGGCCUAGGCCGUGGCUUGGCUGGUCGAUCGUUAGCAAAAGCACCUGCCGCUAAUGCAGCUCCUCGUAUGUCCUCGAUGUCACCUCCACCCAAUACCGGUUUGACUGCUCAGGAAAGAGCCGAGCUGGAAGAAUUGCGACUGGACAAAGAUCGAUUAUUACGCCAAGCUGAUGAAUUACGCCAAGAACGUUCACGACUCAAUUCAGAAAUUCAAGAAUUGAAGAAUCAAAAUGCACAGCUAAUUGAGGAUCACACACGAGACGUUUUAUCUAUCAAAGCAAAGGAAACCCAACUUGUUCGCUCUAGAGCAGAUGCCGAAACAGCGGAAGCAAUGUGUGCGCAGUUGAGGAGGGAGCAGAACAGGUUAAAGCAUGCUUUAUCAGCCGCUGAAAGAGCUAACAGUCAUAGCCCAUCGAGAGGAUACUCAAGCCCUGGACGUGAUGGUGCCCAUGAUGAAGUUGGAAUAUAUCGUGAUUCUAUGUAUGGUGCUCCUUUAGAUGGGGGGCGCCAAGAUUAUAGAAGCCGCCCUCGCAUGUCUAUAGCAUCAUCAAUUGGAGAAGAGAAAGAAAAUGGGGCUGGCGCUUAUGGCCGUAACAUGUUAAGUCCUGAUUUGGAACCUACGAGUAAUGGAAGAUCAAGUGCUGCCAGUGGUAGUGGCAGGGCUAGUCCAGCACCACUUUCUUACACAAGUGACCGCAUGUCCAGAGCUGGUGGUGCUGUUAGUGGCAAUGGAACAGGAGUGGAGAGCUGGAAGAGGGCUGCCGAGGUCACAAGUGCUUUGAAAGCAAAAAUUGAGCUAAUGAAGGCACGACAAAACAUAUCAAAACAUUAA